ACGUCGAGAGAGAGAGAGAGAGCCAAACUUCUCCCGUCUACCUCGCGCUCCUCACUCCCUCCCUCCUCGCCGCAUUCUCUCCCUCCCCACCGGGGGCGCGAGCACCAACAGACCUUAGCGCCGCCCUCGAGAACCGCCUCAGCUCGAGGGGCACGGAAGCGCAGCGCAGCGCAAGGCCGGCGCCUGGACCGGAUCGAAUGCGCUCGAGGAAGGACGAGCGGCCGGAGAGACCAUGAGCGCAGCGCGAGGGUGAAGUCGAGGAGAGCGAAGUCGGCAGGUGGGGGCGCAAGGAGUCGAGAGGAGUCGGCGCCAUGGGGUUCGAGAAGAGCGGGUACCGGGACGGGAUCUUCCACAGCCUAUUGCGCCCGAUUCCGACGCCGCGCAACGUCGACAUGGUGACGUACAUCCUGUUCCAGCAGCCGCAUCCGCAGCGGACGGCGCUGGUCGACAGCCCCACGGGCGCCAGCGUGAGCUACGCGCAGCUGCAGCGCAGGGUUCGGGCGGUGGCGUCGGGCCUGGCGCGCAAGGGCGUGAAGCAGGGCGACGUGGUCAUGCUGUGCAUGCCCAACUCCAUCCACUGGCCCGUGCUGCUCUUCGCCUCGUCCUUCCUCGGCGCCGUGGUCACCACGGCCAACCCCGUCAACAGCAUCCCCGAGCUGCGCCGCCAGGCGCAAGACUGUCGCGCCGCGUUCCUCAUCACCGUGCCCGAGCACUCGGCCAAGCUCGCGCCGCUCGGCCUGCCGACCAUUCUGAACGACCUCGAUGCUCUAGGCGUCGCGUCGCAAGUCGAAGUCGCGGGCGCCCCCGCCCCCGUCGCCCGCCUGUCUGAGCUUUUGCGGGCCGACCCCGACCGCGCGUCGCCGCCCUUCAUCCGCGAGUCUGACACCGCGCUGCUGCUCUACUCCUCGGGCGCGAGCAAGGGCGUGGUGCUCACACACCUGAACGUCGUCGAGUCCAUCAGCCAGAGGGACAGCCUGGACUGCCACCUAAUUAAACAGCAUAUUAAUGAAGAGAGUAUCAAUAAAAAUUUCUCCGUUUUUUUUGUCAUUUGUAAUAUUUACCCCGUGGCAUUCACCUGGGAUAAGAUCAAUUCACAACCACAACUAUAGUCACAAACAAAACCACAACACAAUAGUUUCAAAGAUAUCCACCAAUACGAACAUGACCAACGAGGUUCUAAUACCUCUUUGUAACCACAAGAAGAAUUCAUCGCUCAGUCAAGCAGACUUGAUCAAGGGAUUUAAAAAACG